GGAUAUGGCGUCAUUGAGGAGUGUAGGAGUCCAGAAACUUCAUCCAUGUAAAUAACGUCAAUAAGAAAGCUGUGUGACAAGCUCUGGGUACAAACACAGUACACAGCAAUAUAUUUCAGCCAUCUCAUUUAUUAAAUAUGCCCCGCAAAAAGCCAUUUAGCAACAAACAGAAGAAGAAACAGCUACAAGUCAAACGGGAGAGAAAGAGAGGUGAGACAGGUUCUGGACCAAGCAGCCGCAAUGCCAGUGUGGAGCGUGGAGGAGACCGUCAGUCAGACACUUCAGACAGCGAGACCACUGACAUGAGAAGAAUAAAUCAGCAGCCCUUUAGUAGAGAAGGUAGAUAUGACCCCAACAGGUUCCGUCUUCACUUUGAGAAAGAGAGUAAAGAGGAGGUGGAGAAGAGGAAGAAGUCAGCGAGGGAGAAGGUGCUACAACCAGUUACUGACAAGGAACUGGAGGUCGACAUCAAUGACAUUUACCCAUUAGAGAAAGGUCUUGGUUUCCCACGACGUCCAUCGUGGAAUUAUGAGAUGACACGAGAGAACCUGCUGAGGAAAGAGGAGAAGUCAUACAGAGAGUACCUGGAUGACUUGCACUCCAGAAACCCACCUGGCUCUCUCAGCCACUUUGAGCACAAUCUGGAGACAUGGAGACAACUAUGGAGAGUUUUGGAAAUGUCUGACAUCAUUCUGCUCAUUGUUGACAUUAGGCACCCGGUGCUGCAGUUCCCUCCAGCCCUUUACCACCACAUCACAGGAGACCUACAUAAGCAGGUGGUCUUGGUCUUGAACAAAGCCGAUCUUUGUCCUCCCCCACUGGUGAUUGCCUGGAAACACUACAUGACCUCCCAGUUCUCCCAUCUGCAAAUUGUUUGCUUCACCUCCCACCCUGGACAGCCAAAUAGCACAGUACUCCAGAAGAAGAGGAUGAGGAGGAAGGCUGAUUGGAGUCACGCUGGAGGUCCUAUAGAUAUCUUCAAGGCUUGUCAGGAGAUCACGUCAGGGAUGGUUGAUCUGUCCAGCUGGGAGCAGAAGAUUCAGAGAGAUGCUGUUGCAGAGUGUCUGGAUGGAGAGCGCCCAGAUGAAGGAGCAGAAUCGGUGCUAAUGGAGCAUCAAAGUGAUAGUGCUAUGGAGAUGAGCAGCCUGUCACAGGAGCUCUACAAAGAUGGGGUUCUCACAUUAGGCUGCAUCGGUUUUCCCAAUGUUGGCAAGUCAUCCGUUAUAAACAGCCUAGUUGGGAGAAAGGUGGUGAGUGUGUCUAGGACCCCAGGCCACACCAAAUACUUCCAGACCUACUACCUCACCCCGACGGUCAAACUCUGUGACUGCCCCGGCCUGGUUUUCCCCUCCCGCGUCAAUAAACAGUUACAGAUCCUGGCAGGGAUUUACCCAGUGUCACAGCUGCAAGAACCCUACAGCUCAGUUGGUUAUCUGUGUGAGAGGACGCAAUUCCUCAGUGCACUGAAGCUCAGACACCCCAGUUUGCAAGACAGUGAACCCCAGCAAGGAAACCAGGGGUCUGAGGAGCUCAGCUGGACUGCCUGGGAUGUGUGUGAGGCUUGGGCAGAGAGGAGAGGCUAUAAGACAGCAAAAGCAGCUCGAAAUGAUGUUUACCGUGCAGCUAAUAGUCUUCUCCGGUUGGCAAUUGAUGGCAGGGAGUGCCGCGUCCCGGACAGUCCGUGGAGACUCGCGGGGGCAAGAAGUCCAGUUCCAAGCCCAGUGUGGGGAAGUAAUUACCCCUCUGGUGGGCCGCUGAGAGGAGCCCUGCCAGCCGGCCAGAGCAACUCGCACACUGUGGACUUUCACUUAUAG